AUGGCGAAUUAAUAUCGCUGUAUGCCUAAUUAAGCUCCACCGUUUGAUUAUAUAAAAUUAAAAGUGACAAUAUGGAGCAAAGAUUCACAUUAAUUAUUUGAUUACGAGAAUAAUGACAAUAAACAAAUAAUUUUUAAAAUAAAAUCAUCAGGAACAUUACUAUUAACCCAAAAAGAAAUGAAGUAUACAAAAAAAUAAGUAUUCGAGGACAAUUUAAUAGAGAAUGUCCCAUAAAAUUAAAACAUAUUUAAAAUUAUAAAAAACAAAGUAGAUAAUCAUUUUUAUCUUCGUCAAAUCUUGGAUAAUUAGCAAUAACCAACAUCUUAAAGUUGCUGGAUAGUUGCCUAAUCUGUUUAGAAAUGCAAAAACAAAGGUUUUAGGCUUAUUUAGGGCGAUUUUUUUAAACUUGGACGUUUGAAAUUUCGAAUUCGUUAAAUUUGUGAACCAGGUAAAAAAGUUCAAUAAUAAAUAUAGCAAAUUAUCGAAGAAUAAACUGAAGUUGUAUCUGAUUUAGAAACUAUUACUGAAUAAAUAACUAUGAGAAGAAAUAUUCCUAUGUGUAAAAUAUGUCUUUCGGAAUAACAAGAAGCUGAAAAUCCAUUAGUUAAUCCUUGCAAAUGCACAGGAAGCAUGAAAUUUGUCCAUAUAUAAUGUAUUUAAUAUUGGGUAAGGAGUAAACUCUAAAAUAAUUAUUCAAACCCAAACUGUAUUGUUCUUUUAACAAAAUUUUUUGAAUGUGAACUAUGUAAAACAAAAUACCCACCUAAAUUUAAUUCUGAAGGAAGAAUAUAUGAUAUUGUAGAAUAUUCAAAACCUGAUGAUGGCUUCCCUUAUAUAGUCCUUGAAGUUUUCACAGGAAAUAAAAUGUAAAUUUUUGGUACAUAUUUAUUAAAGUUAUCUGGAAAAAACACUUUUACUAUUGGAAGAUCGCAUGAUGCUGAUAUUAAAGUUUCUGAUAUUUCUGUUUCUAGAUAACAUGCUUAACUAUUUUACGAUAAUAAGACUAACUAGAUCUUUAUUAAAGAUAAAAAUUCUAAAUUUGGAAGCCUUGUUUUGAUGAGAAAUGAUCUUAAAAUGUGUAAAGAAGUUGAUAAAGUUUAAAUAUAAAAUGGAAGAACACAUAUUUAAUUAAUUUACGAUAAACCUAAAUCAAAUAUUAUUAGCUCAUGUAUGGGAAAUAAUGAUAAUUAUGAUAAUUUAGCUAUAAUAAGUGAAGAUGAGAAUGACUUUUAAUAUGAUACUUAAUGA